CAAGGACUUUUCUUAGCGGACAUUACCAAUAUGGCGAGCGCCGGAAAUGUCACUUCUCCGCGCCGCAGAAGUCGCGUUUUGGCAUCACACCCAGCAUGGCUUCCUGAAGGCUACGUGAGGCUUCUUGCUGCCCUCCCUGCCUCUCCUGACAUGGCCGCCCUAGGAAAGGAAAGGAACGGGGGUGGCAGGGCGGCAAGGGCCACUCCUCCCUCCGGUCCCUGAAGACGGCCGGGCUCCUCUGCGCCCCCCCACCCCUGUUGCACCGCUCUGGCAGGGGGCUGCGCCCCUUGCCUGGAAAUCCGAGGCGGGGAUGCCCCGGAGGAGAUGCCCUGCUCACCUUCCAGUCCGCAGCUGGAGAAAUGGAGCUUUGCAGGACUUGGUAAUGCCACCAAGCAAGCCAUCUCCAUAUUGAGACAGAAAUUAGCAACAGAGGCAGUCUUUGGCUGUGUUGGAGGCUUCCUUGGAGCACAGAUCAAAGAUGGACAAGCAAGACUCACCUAGCCAUGCAGAAGGAACAGCUCUUAAGACCUUCAUGACUAAGAAUGUUAUGAAUUCUUGCAAAAGAACCAUGCAGGUGAUCCAAGCUGUGGACGGAUUCAGCUCAGAGGUGCAGCAUCCACGGUUCCAGCAGUUCUGCUACCAGGAGACUGAGGGCCCCCGAAGGUUUUGUAGCCAACUUCAUGAUUUUUGCCAUCAGUGGCUGAAGCCAGACCAACACACAAAGAAUCAGAUUCUGGAUAUGGUGAUCUUGGAACAGUUCUUGACAGUCCUUGCACCAGAGAUGGAAAGCUGGGCCAGGGAGUGUGGAGUGGAGACCAGUUCCCAGGCGGUGGCCCUGACAGAAGGUUUCCUUCUGAGUCAGGCAGCAGAGAAGAAGCAGGAAGAGCAGCUAGAGCAGGACUGGGUUGCAGAAGUGGGCACUGAAUGGCCUGAGGCUCCACCAGGCAGUAGAAAGAGUCCGUGCAGAGAGCACAAACAGGAGGGUGAAGGAGGGAGCACCUUGCUGGGAAAUGGAGUGGUGCCAGGAAUGCUUGCUGUGUCAUUCUCCUGCUCUCAUGGUGAAGGGAAAAGCACUUCUGUGCAACCACAUCAGGGUCUGGUGGUGUUUGAAGAGGUUGCUGUGCACUUCACAGAGGAGGAACGGGCUGUGCUGGAUGCGGAGCAGAGAACUCUGCACAAGCAGGUCAUGGAGGAGAACGGUAGACUUCUGUCUUCCCUUGAAGAUGACCUGUGGGAAAUGGAUAAGAGGGGAGAACCUCAUGGAAUGUCACUAAACAGAGACAGAGGUGACAAGAAGGAAGAGCUGAGAAGGAAAACUGAAGGAAACCCAAUGGAUAAGAGUAAAUGCCCUGUUUUUCAGGGCAGUGACAAACAUGAACUAGCAAUCCAAGAAAAAAUAGAAAAAAGAAGUGAACAGAAUAAGUGCUGUGUAUGUCAGAAAAGUUUCACUCAUAAAUCAAACCUUAAAACUCAUCUCAAAAUUCACACAGGGGAAAAACCAUAUAAGUGUUUGGACUGUGGAAAAAGCUUCAGUGUAAGGGCAAACUUCACAUACCAUCAAAAAACUCACACAGGAGAGAAACCAUAUACAUGCUUGGACUGUGGGAGAUGCUUUAGUGUAAGCAGAAACCUCAGUAAGCAUCAACUAGUCCACAAAACAGAGAAGCCAUACAAGUGCUUGGAGUGUGGAAAGAGCUACAGUUCAAGCACAAGUCUCAUGUACCAUCAACGAACCCACACAGGAGAGAAACCCUAUAAAUGCCUGCAGUGUGGAAAGAGCUAUAGUAUAAGGAAGAGCCUCACAUACCAUCAAAGAACUCAUACUGGGGAAAAACCAUAUAAAUGCUUGGACUGUGGAAAGUGCUUCAGUAGAAGUACAAACCUUACUUGUCAUCAAAGAAUUCACACAGGGGAGAAGCCAUAUAAAUGCUUGCAGUGUGGACGGAACUUCAGCAGAAGCACAAACCUAACUUGUCAUCAAAGAAUCCACACAGGGGACAAACCGUAUAAAUGUCUGGAUUGUGGAAAGGCCUUCAGUAGAAGCACAAGCCUCACGUACCAUCAGAGAAUGCACACAGGGGAGAGACCGUACAAGUGCUCAGAGUGUGGAAAGAGCUUCACUUUGGGCACAAGCCUCACAUAUAAAUCAAAUCUUCAAGUUCAUUUCAAAAUCCACACAGGAGAGAAACCAUAUAAAUGCCUGGAAUGUGGGAAGAGCUUCAGUUCAAGAGGAAGUGUUGCAUACCAUCGAAGAACUCACACAGGGGAAAAGCCAUAUAAAUGCUUGGAGUGUGGGAAGGGCUUCAGUCUGAGCACAAGUCUGAUCUCUCACCAGAGAAUUCACACAGGGGAGAAACCAUAUAAGUGCCUGGACUGUGGAAAAAGCUUUCGUGUGAGCACAAGCCUCACUUCUCAUCAAAGAAUUCACACAGGGGAGAAACCAUAUAAGUGCUUGGAAUGUGGAAAAAGAUUUUGUGUGAGCAUACACCUUACUUACCAUCAAAGAACUCACACUGGGGAGAAGCCCUACAGAUGCUUGGAAUGUGGAAUUAGCUUCAGUUUGAGCACAAAUCUCAUGUACCACCAGAGAACUCAUACUGGAGAAAAACCUUAUAAAUGCUUUGAAUGUGAAAUGAGCUUCCAUCGAAGUUCUGACCUUGCUUCUCAUCAAAGAAUCCACACAGGGGAGAAACCAUAUAAAUGCUUGGAGUGUGGAAAGAGCUUCAGUCAGAAUGCACAUCUUAUUUCACAUGAAAGAAUUCACUCAGGGGAGAAGCCCUACAGAUGCUUGGAAUGUGGGAAAAGCUUCAGUAUGAGCACAAACCUCAUGUACCACCAGAGAGCUCACACAGCAGAGAAGCCAUAUAAAUGCAUGGAAUGUGGAAAGAACUUCAAAACAAAUGCAAACCUUAAUAAACACCAAAUAACCCACACAGGAGAGAAACCCUAUAGAUGCUUGGAGUGUGGAAAAUGUUUCAGUUUGAGCACAAGGCUCACAUAUCAUCAAAAAACUCAUACGGGGGAGAAACCAUAUAAAUGCUUGCAGUGUGGGAAGAGCUUCAGCCUGAGCACAAAUCUCAGUAAACAUGAAAGAAUUCACACAGGGGAGAAACCAUAUAGUUGCUCAGAGUGUGGAAAGAGGUUCAGUUUGAGCACAAACCUCAGUAAACAUCAAAGAACUCACACAGGAGAGAAGCCAUAUAAAUGCUUGGAUUGUGGAAAAAGUUUCAGUUUGAGCACAAAUCUCAGUAAACAUCAAAGAACUCACACUGGAGAAAAACCGUAUAAAUGCUUGGAAUGUGGAAAAAGCUAUAAUUUGAGCACAAGGCUCACAUACCAUCAAAGGACCCACACAGGAGAGAAACCAUAUAAAUGUUUGGAAUGUGGAAAGAGCUACAGUGAGAGCACGAACCUCAGAAAGCAUCAAAGAAUUCACACAGGAGAGAAACCUUAUACAUGCUCAGAUUGUGGAAAGGGCUUUAGUCAAAAAUCUCACCUUUCAUCCCACAAAACAAUCCACACAGGAGAAAAACCAUAUAAAUGUUCAGAAUGUGGGAAGAGCUUCAGUGUGAGCACAAACCUGAGAAAACAUCAGAGAACUCACACAGGGGAGAAAGCACUGAAUCACAUAUGGGUCACCCGGGACUCACAGGCCCCGUGCCAUCCUUGGCCCCUCUCUGUGUGGCCAGCAGAUGCCCCAGUGUGUCCUCCCACCUUUUCCCGUCCACCCAGCUGAUCAACCAGCAGCUAGAGGGUGGCAAGCAGUUCUUCCCGUGCUGCUAAUAAUACCAGGACCGCAGAAAAUGGGACCAUUGAGAAAAUGGAGAAGCUUGAAUCUUGCUCCCAUCUCAGUGAGGCUGAACAGAAAUAGUGAUUUUUCUCUCCCCUGUUAGAGCAGGAGAAGAGUGGUUUCAGUUCAUUUCAUUUAUUAACUUUAUACCCCACCUCUUACAUGGUCCUGCUCCUCCCGCCUUAUCUAGUUGGCAUCACUGGGCAGAAUGAGCCUAGGAUCUGCUGCCCUGCCCACGAAUGCAGGGCUUGCGGCGUCAGUUCACUGAGGGAGCCGAGCCUUGACAUUCAAACACUGAAAGGUCAUGGGGGGGGUGCAUCUAAGCAGGGCCUGAUCCAGCAGACUGCACUGUGUGUUCUCUUUGUGGCCCAAAAAGUUCACUAGCAUAUGGGGUAAGAGUCAAUCACAAUUCAACCUUUGGCAAAUUUACUGAGAGUUUCAUGUCAGCCCGCUUAAGAGAUGCACAGUAUGACCGCACAUGGAACCAUGUUGUAUAGUGUAGCAAUAAGAAGAUGCUUAAAGAAUGUUCAGCAUGUUUCUUACAGUAAGAAAUAGUGGACUAGAGACUUCAGGAAUUCCAGCCUAUGAAAGGAAUUGUCAUAUUCCAAUCCUGUGCCCAUUUUAACAAAUAGCUUUGAUUAAAUGGUGCCUAUUUAAAGCUUUCUUGGGUUGCACCCACUUGGUUUUAAAGGAACUUUAAAGGAAUAUUGGUUAAGAAGGCCGAGGGCAGGGGACUAAGAAGGGGAAACAAGGCAACAGAAGUGCCCUCCCCAUGGCAGUUUCCUCACUGAGAGAUGUCAGCUCUUGAUACUGGCAUGUUUUAGGCAUUUACUGGGAAUCUCUUUACUUUGGCCUUUCCCCAGUAGUGAGCUCUCAUUGAACCAACCUCUAAUAUAAUUUGACGGUGCAUUUUUUUGUCUUUCUUUGUAAUUGCUCUUGGGGUUUGUUCAGUGAGAAGUGGUAUAUAAACAUUGCUAAUAAUAGUGAUGACAACAACAUACUAAUGUGGGCGUGACAGAGUUGACUGUCCCGCAGAAUGACAUGGUCGAUCAAGCAGCCGCAGUGAGUCGCCCACCAAGUUUAGUGGUGGCUUGGUUGGAAUGUUUGCAUUCUUACUCUUUUUAUUGCUACAUCUGUUCUUGUCUGGCUGUGUCACUUUGUUGAAAAAAACACAAUAAAAUAGUAUCUAUAUGCUUAA